AUGGCGAUCACGCCCCAUGUCGAUUACGCCCUGGACUCCCAGUUACCUCAGGAAGGGCUGAUGCGGGGUGUGCGAGAGAUCUGCCGUCGCUUGCUGCCGGAGUGGGCAUGCCUGAGCGACGCCGAUGUCGAGGUCACCACAGUGACUGGAGGCAUCAGCAACGCACUGUAUAAGGCUGCACCCACCGGCAGCUUGGAACCUGUGCUGUGCCGUCUAUAUGGCCUGAACACCGACCGAUUCAUCAACCGUGACCAUGAAGUAGCCACCAUGCAGCUGGUAUCCCAGCAUGGCUUUGGGACAGAGGUCCUGGGAACCUUCACCUCCGGACGAUUGGAGGCUUUCCUCCCCCAGAAGUGCCUCUCCCCCGCCCAGCUCAAGGACUCACGCAUCGCCGCAGCCAUCGCCGUGGCGCUGCAGCGAUUCCACAGCAUCCCCGCCCCCGGGCCGCGGACCACCAACACUCCUUUCAAACGUAUACAUGAGUGGCUGGACAUCACAGAGGGCUUCACCUUCAAGGACGCCCAGGUGCAAGUGGUGGUGGGCGCGCCGGCGCUGGAUUCAGCUAAACAAGCUGAGUUCGAGGCCUUUGACCUUGCAGACCUGCGCCGCCGGGUGCAACAGGUGGAGAGGGCAUGCGCCGCCGUCGGCUCGCCCACCGUGCUGGCUCACAACGACCUGCUGGCCGGGAACGUGAUGGUCUCCGACGCUUUCCUGGCUGCCGGGACCGUGGCUGGCGAGUCCACCGCUGCCUCGCCCGUGUCCACCACCUCGGCCCGCAACGACAUGACCUUCAUCGACUUUGAGUAUGUGGAUUGGGCGCCACGCGGCUACGACUGGGGCAACCACUUCAAUGAGUACGCUGGCUUUGACGGCGACUACACCCAGUACCCCAGCGACGAGGAGGCCGGCGCCUUUCUGCGCGCCUACCUGGCGGCGGAGGCCGGCGUCGCCCCGGCAGAGAUCUCGGCGGACGCGGUGGCGGACGCCGUGGCGGAGGCCAACGUGUAUGCCCUGGCCAGCCACCAGUACUGGGGUGCAUGGUGCUUCCUGCAGGCCCAGUGGAGCCUGCUGGACUUUGACUACCUCGAGUACGCGCGGGUGCGGUGGGCCGAGUGCGCCGCGCGCAGUGAGGCCUUCCUGGCAGCCGCCGCGCAGCGCUUUCCCGUCCAGGAGGGCGCCUGA